AUGGAUUCCUUGUUGAAAUUGCCUGAAGCUACAUCAAUGGGUGAGGUGCAGUAGCGUAGCCAGCCCGACGAUUUAGUCCCGCUAUGCAAAUAUUUUCGUGUUCAUUGACUGUGAAAACAAUCAAUUUCUAAAGAAAUGAAUAAUGAUAAUAAUUUUGAAUUUGCAUAGCGGGACUGAAUUGUCGGGCUGGCUACGCCACUGGUGAGGUAAAGAAACUGAGAAAUAUUUAUGACAAGUUGGAAUCGCAUGUUCGAAGUCUACGAAAUGUUGGUGUUUCUCCAGAUACAUAUGGUUCAUUUCUUGCUCCAGUUGUUAUGUCAAAGAUUCCAGAAGAAUUGAGGAUUAUUAUUACAAGGGAUUUGCCAUCUGGUGAGUGGAAAUUAGAACCACUUCUCAAGAUAUUUAAUACAGAAUUGCAACUGCGAGAGAAAUGUGCCCUUGUCAGUGGUACUGGUCAGCGGAAAGAACAACAUUUCAGUCAAAGAGACAAAGGGAAAUAUAUCAAUCGUUAUCAAUCAUCUACAGCUGCCUUGCUAACAGAGAACAAGAGUGUUCAAUCAAGGGAAGGGCCAUGGUGUACAUUUUGUAAUGGGAACCAUCCAUCAUCUAACUGUACGAUUGUGACCGAUAUCUCUGCUAGAAAGCAGAUUCUGCGUCGACGGGGUAAGUGCUUCAAAUGUCUUAAAACUGGCCACUUAGUUAGAGAUUGCAAAUCGGGAAAACCCUGUUAUAACUGUGGUAAUAAUCAUCAUACAUCCAUAUGUGAAACCCGUAGUAAGCCUAAGACCUACACCCCACAAUCCAUUAACCCAAAUAUACCACAACAAAGAAAUCCUCCAUUUGUACCCUUAUGUCCAUCAACAAACAUGCUUGUACAUCAACCCCCAUAGUACCCAGUUGGCCCACCUUGUCAUUCCAAUACCCCACAUGUACCAAAUGCCUCUGCAUUUCCAUUUACACCACAACAGACAAAUAUAUCAUCCAGCAACCCAUUUGUACCAACCUAUCCAGCAACAAACAUGCAUGCACCUCAAUUUCCAUACUCCCCAGGUAAUCCAGUUUGUCCCGCAAGUACCCUCCACCCACCAAACUCAGUUGUUACACCACAAUUUGAUUCUGAAGCCAUCGGAACACCAUUAACCAGUAUGUUUGUUAGUACAAAAAAUAAUGUGCUUUUACAAACUGCUAGAGCUCAAGUGUCACAUGUGGAAACACCUGGUAGCACACAGAAUAUUAGAAUGAUUUUUCAUAGCUGUAGCCAGCGGAGUUAUGUGACAGAAAAACUCCAGAAAUCCUUAGGCCUCCCUUCGAGUGGUAGUGAUACCUUGUUGAUAAAAACUUUUGGCGAGUAGCAUGCCCAACUGAGGAAGUGUGACAUUGUCCAACUAGCGAUCAAGACUCCAAGUAGGGAAAGAGUUUAUGUUACUGCCUACGUUGUGCCCACCAUCUGUUCACCCAUUAGUAACCAAUCCAUUAAUUUGCAUCAACAUCAUUACAGUCAUUUACAAUCAUUGAAGUUGGCAGAUGACAUAACCCACUCAUCAGAUCUGAAUAUCGAUUUAUUAAUUGGUGCUGAUUACUAUUGGUCGUUAGUCUCUGAGGAAGUUGUUCGUAGUGAUUCUGGUUCGGGUCCAGUUGCAUUGAGUACCAAAUUUGGUUAUGUUCUAUCAGGUCCUGUCCAAGGUGAAAGCUGUACAAAUGAGUCGGACUUAGAAUCUCUUGGAAUAAAGUCGAAUGAGCCAGCUGUUUAUGAGAAAUUCUUAAACGAUAUCACAUUUGAUGGUGAAAGAUAUGAAGUCAGACUGCCCUUUAAGGAAACCCAUCCACCACUGCCAGACAACUAUCAGUUGAGUAAGACAAGAUUGGAAAGUCUUGUGCGACGUCUUAAGUCAAAUCCAGAAUUGUUAAGACAGUAUGAUCAAGUCAUUCAGGAACAACUUCAAGUCAACAUUAUUGAACCAGUAUCUAAUGAAGAAAGAUUCACUAAGAAAGAUUCACCAAGAAGGAUUCACUACCUGCCUCACCGAGCGGUUCUACGUGCGGAUAAGAAGACAACUAAGCUUCGUGUCGUGUACGAUGCGUCUGCAAAGAAGGACGGUCCAAGUUUAAAUAACUGUUUGUGUGCAGGGCCAUCUCUCACUCCAUUAAUCUUUGAUAUUCUAUUGAGAUUUCGCCUGCAGAGCAUUGGCAUCACAAGCGAUAUUGAAAAGGCAUUCUUAAAUGUCUCAAUUGCACCAGAUGAUCGAGAUUUUCUACGGUUUCUUUGGAUAGACGACAUAACAAAGGACAAUCCAGAAAUUGUUAUCAGAAGAUUCACAAGAGUUGUCUUUGGGGUUAACUCGAGCCCUUUUCUGUUAAACGGAACAAUCAGUCACCACAUAAAUUCCUACAAGGAUAUAGAUCCUGAUUUCGUUGAAGAAGUGCUCAAAUCGUUGUAUGUCGAUGAUUUCGCAUCAUCAGCCUCAAGUGUAUCCGAGGCUUAUUCAUUGUACGACAAGUUGAAGAAAAGAUUUAAGGACGGAGGUUUUAAUAUGCGUAAAUGGCAAACGAACAGCGACGUAUUGGGGAAGAAGAUUGCCAGCAUUGAAGGGUCUGAUGCGACCAAGACAUGCGAGGAUUGGGAAGAAGAUCAGAGCUACUCGAAGACAGGUUUACCACAAGCGAAUCCUGAGGAAGAGUUCCCAAAGGUUCUCGGCAUAACCUGGAAUACAAAGAGCGACAAGUUGGUAUUCAGUUUUGACGGACUGACUAUGUAUCUGACAGAAGAAUCAGUUACAAAACGAAUUGUGUUAAGUUCAAUCGCUAAGGUGUACGACCCUCUUGGACUUUUGUCCCCCAUUACGACCGUACUUAAAAUACUGUUUCAGGCCAUUUGCAAGGACAAGAACAUUACCUGGGAUGAUGUUCUCGAAGAUGAGACAGCGAAAUCGUGGAAAUCCGCGUUGACUAAUAUGAAAGAAACCUGGACAGUCGAUUUGAAUGGAUGCUAUAGCCCUCAGAUUGAUCGAAAGGAAAUCAGAUCAGUAGAAUUACACGGAUUCGAUGACGCUUCGGAGAAAGCGUACGGAGGAGUAGUGUAUAUUCGUAUCAGAACAGGAACGCUUGUUUCGUGUCAACUCGUUGCAUCCAAGUCAAAAGUCGCUCCCAUAGGUGGAGAAACAAUUCCGAGGCUAGAACUGUUAUCACGGCUGGUGCUUGCAAGAUUAAUGUCACAUGUUCGACGUGAACUGGAAGGAAAAUACAAGAUUGAUCGCGUUGUCUGUUGGUUGGAUUCAGAGAUUGCCCUGUGGUGGAUUACAGGGACAGGAAAAGAGUAUAAACUGUUUAUUCAAAAUCGAGUUGUAGAAAUUAGGAAGUUAAUUGAUCCGAAAUCGUGGCGUCAUGUGCCAACCGACCAAAAUCCCGCGGACGUUCUUUCUCGUGGUUCACUUGCAUCGGAAUUGAAAGAAAUGCGUAGUUGA